AUGGAGGCGGUCACGGAAAAGAAUGCUUUUGGUGACGCCAUGGGACAUGAAAGAGAUUACAGUGAAAGACGUUUCGAAGAAAUAAAAGCAGAAGUAUCCACUUAUACAAAGAAAAUUGGUUACAAUUCAUCGACAAUUGCCUUUGUUCCGAUCAGUGGACGUGAAAGGAUGCAGAGGUGCGGUUUUCGGUAAUAGAAAGAGAACAGUUUAGCCUAUAUUUGCAUAAGCAGAAAUGCUUUUUUAACUAAUGCCUGAAGCCGAUUUUCAGCCGAUCUCUGAAAAAUCAGUUUCUAAGUCAACAACUUUACAUAGAACUCUAUCAAUUUUUUUUCAUACAUGAAUAAUUCAAAGUGUCAUCUAGAAAAUAAGAUUCAAGCAAAAGUUUUAUCUUGUUUUGUUCGGGAGCUUCGGACACUUUUCCCGAAGCCUUACAAACUUCUCUUUCGUUAGGUUUAGAACUGUCACAAACGCAUAAAAACAUAGGUUAUUGACAUACUGAAUCUCGCGGCAAUGUUAGUUUUCAGAAUAAAAUACAAGAACCGGGUGAAAAGCUAUCGUAGCUGAAAUAACCCAUUUUUCAUCAGAAGUAGACCAAACCUU